AUGAUCAUUCUAUUUUCAGCACGACUUGGAAAGUUAUAUGCCAUUGGGAGAAAUAAUGAGGGAGCUUGCUCUUGCAGCACAUCAUGUUUAAAUAUUAUUCAAAAAUGGAGACCAUGUCAAUUCAACAUUGCUUCAUUUAUUAAGGACAAUAAUAGUAACAACAUGUUUAAACAAUCAAAUAGUGUUUAUGAAAUAACAAAUAAGAAAGAAAGGCGAAAAGAAAGAAGAAAGAUGGAAAGAAUGGAAGGAAAAAAAGAAACUAAAAAAUCAAACAAAAAAACAGAUCGAGAGGAAUCAAUAAUUGUGAGCACGUUUGAUGUGGAUGAUUUUUCAUGUGGAAAUUCUCAUUCAUUACUGCUCUUCAACAAUAGAACUAUUUUAAUGGCUUCUGGCGUUGUUGAGUCGCCUCUCCUCAAAAAAACACAAUCGAACGUAUUUACACCUCUUAAGGGGUUAGCUCUAAAAACCGGACAAAAGAAAUUCACAUUCAUUGCAUCAUAUGAAAACUCAAUCCUCAUCACUAUUGACAACAGAUUUAUAAUGUUUCAUACACCAACUAAUGCCUUCGAAUUUGAUGCUUUCAAGCAGUUUGGAUGUUCAGAGAUCUAUGAAAUUGCACUGAACGACCCCAAUUCUUUUGCAUUCACAUCUAACACAGGUCGAAUUUAUGUAUUUGAUGUUUCAACUUGCAGCUGGCAAACAGGAUGGAACAAUUCAAAAGAACAAUUGAUUUUCUUUGACAUUUAUUCAGCAUAUUGCUUUAAAGCCAAAUCAAUUUCAUCAGGAAAAGUCACUAAUUAUUAUACAUCUUGGUUCCAAAACAAUAUUUCAAAUUUUGACAAAAGUUCAUUAGAAAUAUUUCCUUCUUAUUUGUGCUUUUUUGCAUAUGACCGAAAACAGAAUGAAAUACAAUCCAUGGGCAAUAAUAGUAUGAACCAACAGGGAAUUGGAAGUGACAUCAUUAAGCAAUCUUCAUUUCAGCCUCACUCCCAGCUCAAUCAAUUAAUGGCAAAAGAGCAAUUAACACUCCACAAAGUUCUUCAUGGCCAAUUUUAUUCCGUUCUCUCUUUCAGUAACUCACUUUACAAGCCAAAGCUUGAUUUACCUGACUAUAUAUUCAGAGCCCUGCGAAGCACGCUUUUAUCUGAUAUUGUGUUGAAUACGUCAAUGCAUGAUUUCCAACGAUAA